AUGAGAAGCCAAGUUGAUCAAGAAAUUUUUCGCCUAAAUCAAGAGCUUAAGAAAGAUCUUGGACAGGAUGUGAAUUUUUACUCAUGGUUAAAUUUGUCCAGAGGGGCAUCUUCCACAUUCAAUGAAAUAAACAAGGCUUACAGAGCUCUUUCUAGAAAAAUUCAUCCUGACAAAAUUAUUAAAAAAAAUUUCCAAUCUACUAAGCAAUUUAAAAAUGCAAAAAAACUAGCAACUCAAAGAUACCAGAGAUUGUCAGCCAUAGGACAAAUUUUGAGAUCACAAAACAAAGAUAGAUACGAUUUUUUUUAUAAGAAUGGUUUUCCUGUUUAUAGGAAUGGUAAUUGGCUAUAUGAAAAAUUCAAACCCGGCUUUUUAGUUGUAAUUAUUGGCUUAUUUAUUUUGAUUUCCGUUUUUCAAUAUUUUGUGUUGAAAAUUCAAUAUAACGGUGAUUAUCAAAGAAUCUUAAAUUUACAAUCUGACAUCAAAUCACAGGCAUGGCCUACUGGAACUCCACCAACUGAUGGUUUGCAGAAAAAAGUGUUUUGUCAAAGAAACAACAGUUAUUUUUUGGUCAAAAUCGAUGGAACCGUUUGGUUAAUUGAUAAAGAAAACGCUGAUUUACUAUAUCCAGUCCAAGCUACUGAUUUGAGAAAACCAUCAAUUUUCGACACAUACUUUCUAAAACUACUAAUUUUUUUCUACAAUUAUACUUUCGGUAAAAUUUUUUCAUCUUAUAGUUCUGACAAAUUAUCUCCUAUUAACGAUAUUACCAAGAAUGAUCAACCAAAAAACACCAAAAAACACAAUAAAAUAAAAAUAACUGAUAAAAACAUUGAGAAAAAAAAACUAAUGAAUAAAAAAGUUGCAUACGGAGCUCGAAAAGUCGCCGGAAGAAGAGUUUAA